AAUCAAGUACAUAUCAAAUACUAAUUGUUAUAAUCAAGAAUGAAUCAUUUAAAUACACCAGAGGAAUUUGAUUUUCCUUUCACCCCAUACAAUAUACAGGAUAAGUUUAUGAGGAAUUUAUUUGAAACUUUGGAGAACAGAAAAUUCGGUAUUUUCGAGAGUCCAACAGGAACUGGUAAAUCAUUGAGCAUACUCUGUGGUGCUCUACGAUGGCUCAAAGAUUACAAUAAGAAUGAGUUUGAGGUUAUCAAAGGGAACAUAUCCGAAGCAAAUAGUGAGAAGGAUUUACUAAAAGCAAGUAAGGAUGAUUGGAUAGCAUCUCAGGCAAAGGAAAUUUCGAUAACAAGAAAACUGAAUGAGUUGAAAUUGGAAUCUGAUAAAAUUGAGAAUUAUUAUAAGAAAAUUGAGGAGCUGAAGAAAAAGAAGAAAAAAUAUAAAUUGGAUAGAAGCAAGUAUCUUAAGAAAGCUAAAAAUGUUGAGGAUGAGGUGGAUGAGUUUGGUGAGAAAAAGAGUGAUAAUUUAGAGGAUGAUCUGUUGCUUGCUGAGAUUGUUGAUGUGGAUGAAGAGGAGAAUGAGGAUGAGAUUGAGGAUAAAUAUGCUCCAGUUAAGAUCUUUAUUUGCAGCAGAACUCAUUCACAAUUGGCCCAAUUCAUUGGGGAAAUCAACAAGUCUCCUUUUGCUAAGGAUGUGAGAGUUGUAACUUUAGGUUCCAGACAGAAUUACUGUAUAAAUCCAGAUGUUAAUAGGUUGAAGAAUAUAUCUUUGGUCAAUGAAAGGUGUUUAGAUUUGCAAAAAUCGCAAGGGAAGGCAACUAAAAAGGAGGAAGGUAAAGUUGUUAAAAAGCAAAAAAGUAGUUCAAAUUGCAAAUGUCCUUAUUACAAGCAACAAACUAUAGAGGAAUUGAAAGAUGUGGCGUUGCUAGAAGUUUGUGAUAUCGAAGAUUUAAUAAGUAGUGGUAAAGAGUUGAAAGCGUGUCCUUAUUAUGCGAGUAGGAAGGCUGUGGAAGAUGCUGAAGUUGUUUUGGUACCUUAUAAUACGAUUUUGCAUAAGGCGACUAGAGAAGCUAAUGGUAUCAAGUUGAAAAAUAAUGUUGUUAUUAUUGAUGAAGCUCACAAUCUGCUGGAAGCUAUGGCUCAAAUGUAUAGUGCUGAAGUAACCAGUAAUCAAUUAGUCCAUGCUCAACAACAAUUGAAAGGAUAUAAAGCGAAAUACAGCACUAGGUUCUCAUCGCAAAAUUUGCUUUGUAUAAAUCAAUUGAUUUAUAUAAUUACAGCAUUAAAAGAUGAAUUAGAAAGAGACGUUGAAAUUAAGGGUGAUAUUAAAACUGAAAUAUCCACUCUUACUAGUUUCGUGUUAACAGCUGGAAUUGAUAAUUAUAACAUGUUUAAGCUGAUUAAGUUUGCAAAGGAUAGUAAAAUUUCUCAAAAGUUGCAUAGUUUUGCAAUUAAAUUUCCGGAACCGGAGGUGGUGAAGAAGGAAGUAAAGAAAGGAGUUUCAAAUUUCCUGAAAAGCAUUGAGCCUAAAGGUAAAAGUAAAGCUGUCGAAGAAAUUAAGAUCGAAACUCCUGAGAAACCGAAACCUAAGCAAGCUCCUAGUAAUCCCUUACUGUCGGUUAUUUCUUUUCUGGAAGCUUUAACUUAUUCUUACGAAGAUGGGAGAAUAUUGAUCCAUCGAGGUGAUGUUAAAAAGUAUCAAUUUUUGCUAUUGAAUCCGUCCAUUCACUUUGCUGAUGUGGUGAAAGAAGCGCGAUCCGUUAUUGUUGCUGGUGGUACUAUGAAACCAAUCUCAGAAUUUAGAGAUAGGCUCUUCAUAAACGCCGGAGCUGAAUCGAGUAGGAUUGUAGAGUUCUCUUGCGAUCACAUCAUUCCACCUAAGAAUAUUCUUCCAAUUAUAGUCACGAGUGGACCAGCCGAAGAAAAGCUUUUAUUCAAUUUCGAUAAUCGCAGGAAAAUGGGUUUAAAUGUGAAAUUGCUGUUGCAAGAAACAUGCAGGAAAGUUAAAGGUGGAAUUGUUGUCUUCUUUCCAUCGUAUAAGUACGAAGCGUGGAUUUGGGAUCAAGUGAAGAACAUGAAAUUCGGUAGACCCGUAUUUAGAGAACCGCAGGAAUCGGGAUCCGUUGAUUCGGUUUUGGAUAACUAUCACAAGGCAAUUUACAAAUCUGAUUGUAAAUCGGCUAUGCUCUUCAGCGUUGUUGGUGGAAAACUCAGUGAAGGGUUGAACUUUAGCGACGAUUUGGGUCGAUGUGUUAUUGUGGUUGGAAUGCCGUACGCGAAUAUUUAUGCGCCGGAUUUGAAGGAGAAAAUGUCGUUUUUGGAUAAGAAAGAGGGCUCCGGUUCAGGGAAUAAAUUUUAUGAAAAUAUGUGCAUGAAAGCUGUAAAUCAAUGCAUCGGUAGAGCUGUUCGGCAUAAAGACGACUUCGCCUCGGUUCUUCUGCUGGAUGAAAGGUACGCAAGGCAAGCGACGAAAAAUGCUCUUCCUGAUUGGAUUAAGCGAUCUUUGAGGACCUGCAAAUACGAUGAAGCUUUCAUACUAAUGGAUAAGUUUUUCACGGAUAAAAGUAAACCUGAAGAAUGAUUUCGAUACAAUUUCUUUUAUUUUUAUAUUUGCUAUUAUUUUUUUUAUACAUUUACAAA